AUGAACGACAGUGCAAACGAUACAGAAUCAUCCAUCUCGUCAGUAGCCCUGAAGAAAAGAGUAGUGCCCAUUGAUCCACUUGCCAUUACUGAAUCCCUUGGGUUCCAAACUUUUAGAAAAGGGCCAAGAAAACCAUGGACUAAAGAGGAAGACCAGCUCCUUGCCCAACUUAUUCAAAACCAGUACAUUUCAGAUGGCAAGGUUGACGUUGAUAAAGUCAACUGGGACAUUCUAGCCCAGAAAAUAACACCUGAUGGUUCCAGAAAGGGUAAAGAUUGCAGAAAACGUUGGUGUAACUCGUUAGAUCCUAGUUUACGAAAGGGAAAAUGGACUCCUGAAGAAGAUGAAAAGUUAUUAAAGGCGUAUGAAACAUACGGUGCCAGUUGGUUAAGAGUAGCUUCGGAAAUCCCAGGAAGAACUGAUGAUCAAUGUGCCAAAAGAUAUAUAGAAGUAUUGGAUCCAAAGACUAAAGACAGACUAAAACCAUGGAGUCAAGAAGAAGAUUUGAAAUUGAUCCACCAAGUUAAACAACAUGGUACUAAAUGGAGAACUAUAUCCCAAGAUUUUGAAGGAAGACCCUCAUUAACUUGUCGUAACCGUUGGAGAAAGAUUGUCACCGAAGUAGUUAGAGGAAAAGCCAGCCCUGUUAUUAAGAAUGCAGUGGAUGCUAUAACUGACGGGAACUCUACCCUUUUGGAUAGUUUAACUAAACAGCAAGAAGAGUUGACCAAAAACAGUAAAGACAGUAAUAGUCCAGCAGGCGAUCAAAAACGAAAACGCUCUACCAAACUGAUAGAUGAUCAUCAAGAUAUACGGCAGCGCCAGGACUCAAAUCAGCCAUUACAACCAGUACCGGUCAGACCAAGCAGAUCAGCCAUAUCCCGACCGGCAAAUAGUGAAGUGGAAUGGAGAUACACCCUAGCCAAUGGCGAAAGUGAGAGUGAGUUAUCAGAUUUACCUCAUAAUAGGCUUUUCAAUAAUGAAAAUGGUGGAGUAAUCAAGAAUCAAGAAUUGGUUCAAUAUUUAAUCUCAUAUGCAAAGAACCACGGGUUGGAAAUCACAGUCCAUCAACAUAUCCACCAUCAUUAUUCUCCACAAUAUGCUCUUCCACAUCCAGCGGGAGAUCAUUCGGAAUAUUUACAACGUAGCAACAGUAACUUCACAGCUGAGGAUAGAAGAAGUGCAGGCAGUACACCGGGAACCAACAAUUCGGGAUACUAUUUAGAACCCGAAGAACAAGUUUCCAGAUAUCAACACUUCAACUACUUACCACCGUUAACUGAAGUUCCUCGAUUAGGUUCAUCACAAUCUAGAAAUGGUAGUUCGAAAACUGGAUCAACCCACCAUCACCAUCAUCAUCAUCACCAUCAUCACCAUACGACUACUAAUGUCGCACUUGAGCAAUCACUGAAUGCUAGAAAGAAUGAGAUCGAUGGUAGAGAAUCUGACUUAAUGAAGUUGUUGAAUACUAAUGACCAAGUACAACUGCAACAACAAGAAUUCAGAAGAGAAGCCACACCAAUUUCCAAUCCAAUGACUCCAUUAACUCAAGCAGUAGAAUUAGUUGCAGCAGUGGAAGAAGGCCGUUUAGGUAAAAAGAGAAUGAAUGGAACCACAUCAGAAUCAAACCCUUCGAAAAAGGCAAGAAACGGUGAUGUAGACAUACCAAGUGAGGAUGAAGAAGGAUUAGACUUUUGGGAGCAAAUGAGAAACCUCACUGGUAUGAACAAUAGCUAUUCACAAGCUGCUAGCUAUAGAAAUGACACUGCCAACAAUGCUAGUCAAAAUAAUUUUACUCUGAAACCAGUUUCUCAACACCAUCCAUUGCAUUAUUACGGCAACACACCAGGAACACCUAAUGGAGGAUACCACCAGUCUACUACGACUCAUAAUAACACGAACACUAAAUCCAAGCAGCAACAGGAAGAUGAUGAUGACGACGAUGAGGAUGACGAAGAAGAUGAGAUAGAAGAAGAAAAUAUUGCCCGAGAAUUAGCUGAAGGUGUCGAUCAAGAAACAUUGAAUUCAUAUGGAUUGUACUAUAACGUAUACACUAGAGAAGGAUCUACAUUCCCUGAUGUACAACCAUCACAGCAACCUAAACCUCAACCUAGAGGUGCAGUAUAUGAUCAAUGGGGAGGAGGGUUUGGUAUCAUUCCAUUCAAUCCAUCGUAGAUACUUCAAAUAGAUUAAAUAUAUUCAAGUUGUAAAUUAUUUAUCUUCCUCGAUGUCGUAGAAAUAUCCAAUUGGGACCUACAUUGAAAGCUCUAACCUUUUCAAAACUGGUAGGAAUAUAAUCAACGCUAACUAUCUUUAUCGGAUACUUGCAUAGAUCCAAUUCAACAAGCCCGAAAUCAUAACUGAGCAUGGAGCGGGAGAAACCUCAGAUUUAACUUCGAGAUGCAAUUCACACGUGGAUAUAUUUAUAGAAGAUUAGAUGGAAUGAUCCAAUCAUCCGGUGC